AUGUCCACACAACAAACCAUCCCGGCCUCGGACCCCACAACGGAAGCUCACAUUACCGAUUAUCACGCAACCCGCUGCCUCGCCUCUCCGCUCUACGCCUUCCUCCUGUCCCCGGCGGAGCACGGCCUCCGUCUGACCCACGCCUCGCGCGGGCGCGUCAUCUUUCCGCCUCCCCAUCGCGGCCUGCCACCUCAACGCCGCCGGCGGCCUUACACGGCUCCGUCUCGGCCACCAUUGUCGACUGGGCCGGCGGCCUCGCAGUCGCGGCGUGGGACCUGCGCGGCGCACGGGUGUCAGCGUCGACAUCCACGUCAGCUACGUCAGCAGCGUGCGGCUCGGCGAGGAGGUCGAGAUUGA